CAUUUUACUGACACGUUAAACCCGACACCAACAACGUCCGGCUGAGAAGCUUACUGGUGUAGUUGUAAAUGAGAACAGCAGUGAUUUUGCUAUUCAUUGUAAGCCCUGGUCCGAUAGGCCCAAAAAAAUUUUCGCGAACUUGUCAUUACUCGAGUUCGGACGACCAAAGAUCAAUCACAUGAAUAGUGAGCUUUCUGCUACAGCUAUGAAAAUUCUGCAGAUAUUGCCGUUCUCCACAUCUUUUUUGGAAAGCCAAGCAUCGGACCUGAGCAAUGUAGUGAACCAGGUCACCGAAUUCUAUUCGUCUUCUUUGAAAUAUGGUGACUACGGGUUGGCUACACUGGCAUUUAUUGCGGCCAUCGUAACAGUGCCGUUGGCCUUCGUCAACCAUCACUAUUCUGACUCGGUCGGCUACGGUUACAGUAUAUUCUUUCAGGGGCUCUUUUUGCUUGCUUCGUUUUCCUCGGAGCCCACUUGGCUUGGCAACGCCUUGGUCAUCGCCCUCAUCCUGUACGGGUUUCGGCUUGGUUCUUACAUGCUGGUGCGCGAAUGGUCUGGCUAUAAACCUUGGUUGGACAAAGAUCCUGUUUUAAAGACCGGACGUUUGUGGUGGUCUUCCCUGCUGGCGGUUAUGUUUGCAAUGAUGACAAGUCCGGUUCUGUACUCUCUACGAAAUCCACCAGGACCGAAGCUCCAGCCGUCACUGUGCGUGGCAUGGAUAGGUACCACGAUAGCUUGGAUAGGACUUGUUUUAGAAACGGUAGCGGAUUAUCAAAAGUUUCGGAUCAAACUACAAUAUCAAGAGAACGAGAAAAACGACGACUCUCCUCGUCAAAUUUUCCAUGGUCCUGUAGCCGGAGUAUACCGGCUUUGUCGACAUCCAAACUAUGCGGGAGAACUACUAUUCUGGAUAGGUAUCUGGACAGCGGGCUUACCCUCGUUUGCGAACUCCAUGUCGGCAUGGUUGUGGGCCACUACGGGCCUCUGUGCGGUAAGCAGUGUGAUUUUAUUCGUGGCGACGCCUCACGUCGAACGGCAACAAGCGCAAAAAUAUUCCGGACAAUUUCUAUACGAGAACUGGAAACGUGAGGUCCCAUCCGCCGUAUUUCCGUGCGGCUCGUGGAGACUACCCUCGAGAGAACCGGAACGAGAUAUUGGUAGUUUCUACCAGUAAUAGAGGCAAAAUUGCAACGCGUAAAGAAAUCUAAGGCCGGGGCAGUAAAAAACUAACUUUUCGUAUAAUCAUACAUAUGCACUACGCUCGAAAUGAUUUAGUUGAAAUCUUCCUGGUAGGUUUGAUGGAAUUCUUCGGCAGACUCAAUCAUAGCCCUGGCUUUCUCGCAGGAGACUUCCUUGCUCCACUUGGAAACGGACAAGUCCCCGAACCUGUUAUAGACCGUGGCGGCAAACGCUCCCAAGCACGAUCCAGUUUGAGGAUCUUCCAACAUGAUGACCAUUCGGUAGUUCAUGCCGGCAACAACCUGCUGAUACGCCUUGGCAACUUUCAUUUUCGGAGAGCUUGUGCUCUCCAUCGACUGCUGCAGCUGCGGAAGAAAAGAAUACGACUCUGUGGCUUCGGAAAGCUUGGACACCGCGAACGCCGCGGAAGACUGAACGCCUUCAUCGGUGAGAUCUUGGACAGGGGAGUAGCCUCCGGGCAUAUUUCGUCGUUGCAUUAAUUGAGGUUUGUCGAUAGUAGCAGAUGUGGAAGAAAAUGAGAGCGAGACGAAAAACAGAAAAAGAUGCGACAAGAAGACUUUCAUGGUGUAUUCUGCAACUCAGAG